CAACACUGGAGAUCGAACAAAUUUCAAAUAAUGGAAUUAAAUUUCAAGAAUGCAAUGAAAAUAUAUUUUCUAAUAACAUUACUCACUACUGCAGAAUAUUUAAGCGUAGCUGCCAACAAAUAUUGUAAAUCUGCAUUGUGUCCAGCAGGUGCUAGACAUAUUGCCUGCAAAAGACAGCCAGGGAAAUUCUAUGCUUCCUGCCCGAAAAAUGCUGCCAUGGUACCGAUAGGAAAAAAGCUGAAAAGUCUCAUUGUUAAUGUACAUAAUAAGAGGCGUAACUAUAUUGCCGGUGGAAAUGUUGCCAAAUUUAGGCCAGCCUGUCGUAUGGCCACAAUGCGAUGGGAUCCUGAGUUGGCUAAAAUGGCUUCGUACAAUGUACGCCAAUGUAAAAUGACCCAUGAUAAGUGCCGAAAUACAGCAAGAUAUAAUUAUUCGGGGCAAAAUUUGGCCAUGAUAUCGUACACGGAAACGCUGGAUAUGAAAGGAUUAAUCAAAACAUCAAUCGAUGGCUGGUAUGAGGAAUAUAAGAAAACAAAAUGGAAGCAGCUAAGGUCUUAUCCUACGAAUUAUAAGGGACCAGACAUUGGUCACUUCACAACCAUGGUGGGGGAACAGAACAUUGCCUUAGGUUGUGCUGCCUCCACAUUUACCAGCAACGGUGUUAUACAUUUUUUACUGGCCUGUAAUUAUGCAACGACCAAUAUAGCUAAAAAUCCCGUCUAUACUGGUUGCGCUAGAGCGGCUUCCAAAUGUAAAGCCGGCAGAAAUCCAAAAUAUUCCAAUUUGUGUUCUCGCAAAGAACGUUAUAAUGUCAACAAAUGGUAAAA